AUCUGUUGAGUGCGACGGCUACAGCUCGCGCGGCACGCUUGCACCACCGCUGACCAUCCGCGCGCACGUCAUGUCUCUCACCGUGAACACCUUAGCCCGACCCGACGCCGACGCGACAUUAAAGCACUCGAUCGGCGACACGUAAAAAAUGUAGACCCGCGGUCCCCGACCAUCAACUUUUACUGCCAUUCAUCCUGCCAGAUAAUUUUAAGAUUUAUAGAUUUAAGUAGUGCUUUUGCUUAAGUGGACUUCGUGAUUAUGAGAAUAAGACUGAUAAAUAAAAUCGAGCCGGAAGUUUAAAUUCGAGCGCGUAAAACACCAAAAAUGCAAUUGCUACUUUUACAUCAGAGCCAUUGCUAAAACAAGCUUUCACUGCCGCCUCAGCCUUCCACUACUAGCGUAUUAAGUUAUUUUAUUAGAAGCCACGGGGCUUGAAUAUAAUCUAUUCAGAUAGCAGGGAGAGUCUGCCCUGCCGUCCGCGAGUUUAGAGGUCGACGAUAGCUGUUUCUCCAAAAUUCGCGACAACAUCAGUUCGUGGGUGCUGUGGUGGCGUCAACGCCAUCUUCGGAUGGGCGCACCGCAGACCCCAAAGCAAAUAGAGGAGGAUGACUGCGUGCCCCGCGUGGCCGUAGUUGAGGAGAUACGUCAGCAGCCAGAUCGCAAGCUGGAGCGACGACGGGCACAAGGUGGCCCGCGGCGGCGUGGCCUUGAAAACGAGCUGGAGGGGGAGCGCCGCCGGCCACGACGCAAGCCAAGGAAGAGGUCGCUGCCGAAAUUGUGCAGUCAAGAAGAAGAGCAGGGCCGGCCACCUCAGGGCGGCGUCGUCACAUUUGAACCCAUACACCAUGACCACGACUUCUGCGAGAGGGUCGUGAUCAAUGUAAGCGGGCUCAAAUUUGAAACUCAACUUCGGACUUUGAACCAGUUCCCGGAAACACUGCUGGGCGAUCCUGCUAGGAGGAUACGAUACUUUGACCCCCUGAGGAACGAAUAUUUCUUCGACAGAAACAGGCCGUCCUUUGACGCCAUCCUCUAUUAUUACCAAAGCGGGGGUCGACUACGUCGGCCCGUAAACGUCCCUCUGGACGUCUUCUCAGAAGAGAUCAAGUUCUACGAACUGGGGGAGCAGGCCACCAACAAAUUCCGUGAGGAUGAAGGUUUCAUAAAGGAGGAGGAGAAACCCCUGCCGUCAAACGAACGCCAGCGCAAAAUCUGGCUGCUGUUUGAAUACCCGGAAAGCUCCCAGGCUGCCCGUGUCGUUGCUAUCAUCUCAGUAUUCGUCAUCCUUCUGUCCAUCGUGAUCUUCUGUCUCGAAACUCUGCCAGAAUUUAAACACUACAAAGUUUUCAACACCACCACCAACGGAACCAAAAUCGAAGAAGACGAAGUGCCCGAUAUCACCGACCCCUUCUUCUUAAUAGAAACACUCUGUAUAAUCUGGUUCACCUUCGAAUUGAUAGUACGGUUUCUUGCCUGUCCUAAUAAGUUCAACUUCUUUAGAGACGUGAUGAACAUAAUAGACAUAAUAGCUAUUAUCCCCUACUUCAUUACCUUGGCCACCGUCGUCGCCGAAGAAGAAGAUACCUUGAACCUACCAAGAGCUCCGGUUUCGCCUCAAGACAAAUCCACCAAUCAAGCCAUGAGUCUCGCUAUACUUCGGGUAAUUCGCCUCGUGCGAGUCUUCCGAAUCUUCAAGUUAUCGCGACACUCCAAGGGCUUACAAAUUCUUGGACGAACUCUUAAAGCAUCUAUGAGAGAACUUGGGCUUUUAAUAUUUUUCCUCUUUAUCGGUGUGGUGCUGUUUUCAUCUGCGGUGUACUUCGCGGAAGCCGGAAGUGAGAACAGCUUCUUCAAAUCCAUACCUGAUGCGUUUUGGUGGGCGGUCGUGACAAUGACGACCGUAGGAUACGGCGAUAUGACGCCUGUUGGAGUGUGGGGUAAGAUCGUGGGAUCGCUUUGUGCGAUUGCUGGUGUCCUCACGAUCGCUCUGCCGGUGCCUGUCAUCGUAUCUAACUUUAAUUACUUCUAUCACCGUGAGACCGACCAAGAAGAGAUGCAGUCCCAGAACUUCAACCACGUCACAAGCUGCCCUUACCUGCCCGGGACUAUGGGCGAACCUUACUUGAUUUCAGGACCCAUUAAGAAAUCAUCAGUGAGCGAUGAUUCAUCGUCCGACAUGAUGGAAUUAGAGGACUCGGCCUUAGCGGCAGAUCCUGCUAAUCUAGAGAGCAACAUGCGUCGGCUUCGUGAGGAGGAACGUCUUCUUCUAGAGCAGCAAGCAGCUAUGGAAGCUGCAGGGAACGUGGACGACAUCGCCGCGUUAGAACACCAGGAUUUACUGCGCUUGAAUCAACUAAAGCAGCAAGAGGUGCAGAAGCAACAAACGCGACAGGCGAACCGGUCAAACGCGAACGCGCCAGACAAUCGGCGCGGCGAGCUGCGCAGACGCACGACGUGCAAUGUGCGCGUCAACCACUUGCACGCUGCUUCGGGCGCUGAAGCCCUGGAGACAGACGUCUGACCAACGAUCACCGUAGACAUACAUCAUAACCCGGGACAGUCUUAAAUUGUAAGGCGUGCCGGGAGGACGGCGAGCACGCGCAUGCCGUAUGGCGCGGUCGGCUGCCCGCGCGCUCGCCGCCCGCGUGUCACGUGUGAGCGUCGCGCCCGCCGCACGCCUGCCGCCCUCUGAUCGCGACGGCGACGCUGCCGCGCGACGCCUGCACGCAUGGUUGCACGCCCACCGCGUUGUCACACACUUAUGAACUAUUUAUAGAUGCUUCGAUUUCGAGCGAUCCUUUAGUUUUAAACAAAUACUAGCAAUCAAGUUUUUAACGACUUACCUUCUAUAAAUAAUAUCUUUGAAUACGCUUGUACCUACUAUGAGUGCAAUUCGCCUCGGCCCUUAUUGUAAAUAAAUCCAGAAAGCUUACAAACCGCUUCGUACACUAAUAAUUUAUACAAUUCGAUACACAUGUAAUAUUAGGAAUUAUACUACUGACGACUUAUAUGUAUUCAAAUAGGCCUAUUAUGAAUCACUUUAAGAGGCGUUAGCUUCGAGUGACGCCACAUUUGUAAUACGUACAUGCAUGCGUAAUGCGCCUAAUGCAUAAAAUGACUUGACUUCGGCGAAGUGAACGUGUUGUUGUCUCUACGACGCUGCCCAAUCACUCGCGCUUGAUACUGAUUACUGUACACUCAAUGUGACACAAAUGAUUAUUUAAAAAGCCUACGUGGCUACGCAACAAUUUAUUUAAAGCCGAAAUUCAGAUACCGAGAUAGUCCACUUCGAAGACAGAGCCGAUUUAACGUAGAGGCCGUAGAAUCUACCAAAAGGUACGAGUACGACCAAAGACUGAACGCAUCGAAUGGAUUUGACGCCGAAAUAUAAAUUUCUCUCGCAUACAAUAAUUUCACGGAAAAUCCAGUAAGCCGAUAUUCAGCACAAGGUCGGGCCUGUGCGCCUUGUCGCUAAUCUCGUACCAUAGUAGACAAUCGCUUCAAUGGACUCAAUCAAAGUACUAUUCCGGUAUAAAAUUUAGAGUUGGAUUUAAGGUACGGUGAAACGCGGUCGAAUGAGUAUUCAGAACGAGGUGAUUUAAAUAUAUCAACCUCGUGUUGUCAGGAACGUAGUCGUAAGAUUAAUGUCGUAUGUUUUAAAGAUUGCCAAUGUAUAAGCCCCGUGACACACGGCCGUGAUCCCGACCCGCUCCGACUCAAUGUUGAGACAGCCUCGGCCGCCUAACAGCAACUAGCAUCGUAGUUUAAUGAUUAUUAAUCAUAGGUUUACAUAACUCUGCUUGUUGAUGUAUCUUAUAUGUUACUACAUUUAAAGGCUUUAUUCGUUAAGUAUACAAUACAGGAUGGUUGUGAACAGAGAAAUGUUAGUGACAGCGCUUCGUUACAACAUCGGAUAUGCUCAAUUUCGUCAGGCAAACAGUUCUAGUCAAAUUUGUAAUGUUAUUGGAUCUUUACAAUUUCUUUAAGAACUAUGAAAUGUUAUCAAACAUUUUAAGGACUCGCUUGCCUUGCGUGAUUUUUACACUGUCGCUAAUAAUGAGAAUGGAUAAUAUAAUCAUAUUAGCUUUUAAUAUUAUAGACAUAUCCAAUAAGAAGUGAUUUUAUUACUUAAUGUGUUUAUUGUUCGAACUAUUGAUAAGAUAACGGCCCAAUACUCAUUUCUCUCGACUUUUCUGAACCCACGAGAUUCUUGUCUACUUGUCAAUUUCAUACUUUUACGUUUCUCUGUGGGUUUGUUGAAGUCUGAGUUUGGAAUAAAAUAUCCUUAACGAACAAUAUCUAAAAGCUUUGCAAUUUCUAAAGUAUUUUAAUUUAUUUACUUAUUCAAAAUUAUAGUUCUCUAUAUGUUGACGCGAUUGUUAUUCGAACUUCUAAUUACUCUAUUACUUCUUCGAAUUAUUUGCUAACUAAAUUCUUGAUAUUUGCAUCACCAAGUUUUCACCAAAGGCCGGUAUUAUAAACAUUUUGUGUAUGGUAAAUUGUUGUUAGUCAUAGUAAUCAUUGAAAUAAUUUGUAUCAUAUCAUUAAUACACAUUUCAUAGAGUUUAAACAUUUUAAUUAAAACGCAUGAUAUUUAUGCCCUAGAUUAGAAUUAAAAAUAGUGUCUACAUACAUAAGUCCAGAUUCACAUGAGCGCCAAUUUCGUUUUAAUUGUAAACUUAUUAGUCUAUAAUCAAGUUUAAAAAACACAAGGCGAAUGAAAUUACUAACCAAAAAGCGUAUGUACAACAAAAUAUAUAUUGCUAUCACAAAGACUCGUAAAACUCGCGUCGAUAAAUUCAGUGACCGCGAAGUGGCCGUGUAAAAGACAGAAUUAUAUACAAACUGUUCGUUAUAUUGGUGUAUUACCGGUUUAUAGACAUUGUGUGGUAAGUUAUAGAAACUGUAUUAACAUAACGCUGCCAAAUAUUACUCAUAGGUUCAGAAACAGCGUAGGACAAUUUGUGUUUAUAUCAGUGUUAGAUUGUAUGCAAUUUAUUACAUAACGGUUAAAUAGAUCUACAUUCUCAAUGUAAUAGACGCUUUGACUGUCACUUUGUGGCUUAUUACCGUAUUUUAAGGAGAGGACACGAUAUAGACUUUAAUGACAUUUCAAUCAACGAGCACUAUAUAAAUUAAAGAAAUUAUAAGUGUCAAUAGACGUUCAAUGCGCUUUAUUUCACAAAUCUGCCAAUUAGAUUGUAGCUAUACAUAGGUAUAAUUAAUUUAGUGUAUAUGUUAUAUUAUUCACUUUACUACUUACAAAUCAGGUUCGGUGUGCACGCUACUUGUACUUACGGUUUAUCCAAAUCUUUUAUUACAAUAAUAACGAAUCUAGCGUGUACAUCGAGCCUUUAGCGUUUUUGAUAUAAUAAUGGACUUUAAUAAGGUUUCAGUAGAUCUCAAUGGAAUGUUAAAAUACAUAUCUUGGAGCAAUAUAGACUUUAAAGAAAACAAGUUAACUCAAAUCUGUCAAUUUCAUAUCUUAUGUUACGUAUCUAAUAAUUAUACGAAAUUGUUUAUUCUCUGUAAUAUGUUUUUACACCAGUUUUAUUAAUUGUCUUUUGUGAAUUGUAAUUUAAGCUAACAUUUGUGUUGUCUAUAGCUAUGUAUGUAGAAUCAAUUAAUCUUAUAAAUUGACAGAUUGUCAUGGAGUUGUUCGAAAUAAAGCUCGCAUCGCAUCAAGUAGGACAUUUUUAUUAGAUAAUAAUUUUAACUGAUAACAUGAUGUGAUAAAUUGAACGUUUUUAAGCAUCAAUUGGUUGAUAUAUCAUAUAUUCCAUAGCCAUUAUUAGAUAAAUAGAAAGAAAGGCACAAAUGCAAAGCAGACUUAGUUUUUCAUGAUCCAUAUUCAAUUUAACGCGCCCUCAACCAAUUGUUACUUUUAAGCAAUUGAAACAGUAAGAUGGAUCGGAGAAGUUUUUGAGAGUAAUACUUUUUCAACGAAUGUAGGAUUCAUAAAAUAUAAUGAGUUCGAAGAUUUUGUAUUUAUGGCGGCCGAGGUUGUUACAAUAUAUUAUUAGAUGUGUCGAUGUUAAUACUGUUAAGUGUAGAACAUGCAUGUUGUGUACUAUCAAAACAAAACCAGCAAACGGGUCCAUGAAGGCUUCUGAUUACUGCGCGGGUACAGGUUGUUGACGAAAUAUGACUUUAUUUCUUUGAUGUAUUAUUAAUUCUUUGUCCUCUCAUUUCUUGUUCAGUACUGUUUCGUUAUUUAGUUCGUUAUUUAAAUUCUUAAAUUACGCGAUUAUUAACAAUUUAUCCAAAAUCUUAUUUUAUCGUAAAUUACCUUUUUUAACAAAAUAUUUAUUUAUAUCUUCAAUUUUAAAAUUUGAUAAUCAUUCCUAAAAUACCUUACGAAAGUCAUUAGAUGUUGAAAGUGUGAAUUACUCGUGUUGGCCAAAAUCGCAGUAAUUUUGUUUUCGGAUGAAUUAUGGUUAUCAAUCGAUAAUAGGUAUAUAAUUAUACAUAUAUUAAUUGUAUAGGCGUGGUUAAACAUGGGCCCGAUGCGACCAAAAAAAUAAAAUAUAAGUAACUGACCAUUUUUCUAUGUUUUAAUAGAUUAGUUUGGUGUUUAAAUUAUUUUAUUUAAAUUCCAUUGAAUUUUAAUUACUUGUAUUAAAUCUGCACGUGUUUUUUUGUGUAAAUAAUCACAGAAAUGCUAUUAAUUAUGUUUCCCAGUUCGUAGAGCGAUUCGAAAACAAAAUUAUAAAUAAUAUUUAUUUUACAAAAACUAUAAAAUAAUAUUUAUGAACGGGAACUAUACAUUAUACACAUUCACGAUUUAAUCAAAUUCAAGUAUAAUCUAUUUCAGUGUAAAAGACUAAGCUAUAUAUAUAUAUAUAUAUAUCUAUAUAUCUAGAUGUUUACGUUAAUAAUAAUAUAUUCAAGAAAACUUAAUAUUGUAGUUAGAUAAACCACAUAGGUUUCGCUGAAGGAAUCUUUUUUUCUCCUUAUUCGAGAAAUAUCAAAUUUUGUAGUUAGGAAAGCAGUUGGCAAAAUUUUAAAUCAACAUCCUAGUCUGAAGGUAUUCGUUUCGAAGGAGAGACCGCAUCCGAUACGUUCGUAUAAAAUUGUAAUCGUAAUUUUAUCUGUAUAUUGUAUUUAUUUUAAGAUUUAUAUGUAGGAUAUAUCCACAAAUCUUUUAGUAGUGUGGAAUAUCUAAAAUUAUUUUAUAUAUAUAUUUUGCUUGUGUGUUUCGGCUAAGUAACUUUUGUGGUCGAAACGUUUUCAUGAAUUCUAAAACUCUAACGGGACCCGCCUAUAUUGUUUGCGGUUUAUGAGGUAUAUAUUUAAACGUAGGAGCUUUGAUGCAUUUUUAUAUGCUUUAUUCAAUUUUUCGAUACAACGCAGAGGGUUUUUUAUUAAAUUAAUAAACAUUGUGUAUCACAUUGUUUCGGGUAAAACUUACGAACGACGAAAGUGACAAUGAAUGUCUCCAACCUCUCAAGUUACAGGUGCUUUUCCCGAGCAAUCGAUUUAGAUUAUUCUUGUAUAACAGCACUCUAACGAGGUUACGAAUGAGAAUUAAUCUUGAAAGUACAUCGAUAUCGGAAACAAUAUAAUAUGCAAUCUAAACAAUAUAUCCAUUUUCACUUAUCCCUCUCCGUCCAGAUUAAAGCGUGUUCAUAUUGUUACGGAUACUAUCAAAAAUUACUAACAUUUAAUUAGCCGUAUAUUACCUUUCAAUUUUUAUAUUUAUUUAAUUACUUACAUUCUAAAUGUUUUAGAUGUAUUUUUAAAAUUGUCUGAUCUUUAAAUAAAUAGCGAUUAUGAUAUGCUUGAUUGGCAUAUUUAUUCAUAUAUUUUUAGUUAAACAUAAUGUUAUAAUAAUAAAUUAAAAUGCGAUUUUGCUGAUUGUUAGAUACUAAUAAGAGCUUGUUUAUUGUUUCGAUUUUUGAAAAUUUAACACCGCAUUCGUGUAUUUAUCUCAAUUCACAUAAAAUUAAAUUAAAUUGAGCGAAUUCUCUAGUUAAUAAUUAUUAAACCUCUUACAAAUACAUAAAAAUUAUAUAAGGUUUUAUAAUAUUAAGAGCUUUUCGAAUAGUAUACUUACCAGAGAUCUUAUGAAGUAAACUGAAUUUUUCGCGAUAAUUUAUUAAAUUUAAUGUCCAUCCAGUAUUAUUAGAUAAAUAGGUGUAAUGGCCAAAGCCAUUUUAUAGCUCCUAUAGUACGUUAAUAUAACAUAGGUUCACUAAUUGGCCAACAAAUUCUUAUAAUAAGUAAAAUUUGAACGUUCUCCGAUAUAUCGGUCCCUGACAAUGCGUUAUUUAUUACAAUAUAAUUUCUGAGGCUUUACAAAAUUCAAAUACACGAUAAAUAAUUUUAAGCUUUAAUAGACCUUUAAUUAUGGUAAAUAUAUUUUUUUUCUGAAGCAAAAAUUUAAAUAUAAUAAGAGAUAUUUAUGCGUCGGGGAAGCAUUGUUCUCAAUAACUUCCCAGUUUCAAUAUAUGGGUAGAUGAUACCAUACCUUGUUAGCUAUAGCUACCACGAAGGAGCAAGAAGUUUAUGGAGUUUUGGAAUUCAUCUAAACUUUCGACCUGACAAAUGGUUUUUAGGAGUCACAUUGUUUAUCUUUGGUAAUUAAUUGUUUGAAAUAAGUGCAGGCGACCUUGUGUAAAACAUAAAUGUGCAUUUCAAAAUAUUCUUGUCAUAUGUAACAGCACCUGUGUCCAUUAGUAGGUGUGAAUGAGAAAUAAAUGAAGCAGUGCUUUCAAGAAGACCACGUGUUGCAACUUGGUCACACACAAGAGUUAAAUACGGCUUAUAGUUGCUCAGACAUUUGAUCAUUGAAAGCCUUUUUAGAGCGUAUCCUAGUUUGUUAAUAAUCUGAUCACAGCCUCUAAACGUAUACGUAAUUGUAAUAUGUGGUAUUUUUGAAAAAAAAAAAACUGAUACAAUUAUAUUAAUGCACAUAGAAAUCGUAAGAUGAUAGAAAAAACAGUAUCUCCUACUAUACUUAAUAUUAAACGUAAGGUCGUUGUUAGCACAGUUGUUACAUCCUUCAUUUCUUUCACGAAAAUCGUGCCAGUGUUAAUAAAUGUUUAUGUGGUACAGCUACGAACAUUCAAUGUUAGGAUCAUGUGCCAAUGAAAUUAAAAAAAAAACUUAUUUAGGCUGAAACGACACGAACUUCUGACUUGAAAGUAUCAAUAUUUAUACUAAAUUAUAAGACAUCAUGAUAUGAUAUUAUUCCAAUUUCAAAUAUAGGCAUAAUACAUUAAUAAAUAUAAUAAUUAUUUGGCGAUUAAUAAAAAGCACUCGAAGCACAACGCUCUAGCCUGAAAACUGACGACUCGAUUCUCAAAACACUGCCGUAUACUUAUAAAUCGCUUAUAAAUUCACCGUUAAAUAUAGAGCCAUUCGCGUACAGCUGUACCACAUAUCAUUAAAAUCCCGACUAGCGUACACAAUAGAUAUCUGUCUAUACAUUGUCGACCCGUGUAAACACUGAAGUCGGCGAUCCUAUCUCUUUAAAGAAUCAUAAUUACGCGUCUGCGCCAAAAGUGUGAAUGGUUCUGUUUAAAUGAGAAACCGUUAUCGCUUUACCAUCUAACUGUAUCCCAUGUGCAGUGUAAGUCUGAUAACGAAACAUUUUUCACGGAUUUAUUCCAAAGUAAAUCAUAAAAUUUAAUGUGAUGCCCGAGAUUCAAACCUUGACUUUGAUUAUUGAGAUGUUUUUUAAUUCGUAUUUCUUUCUUAUAUGAUGAAAUCAGUGUAUUACUUUCAUCGUAAUUGUAAUAUUAUUAAGAAAGACGCUAUGUCAGUCCGUCUACGAAGUUACUUACUCAAAUAUUCAACCGUUAAACAAUAUUUUAUUGUGUAUCGGUAUGAAUUUUUAUUUAUGAGUGAGGCGAUGACUAAUUGGCUUUGCGAUACGGUGUUUAGUAUGUAUGUAAAGUUUGGCAUGGCAUGGCAAUAUGUUGAACUGCCGUAGAAGAUUUUCAACGGAAAUUAUACAUGUAAUUCUUUUAGUUAAUAAUUAAACCUAAUACGGUUCAAAUGGCAUAAAUGUUUCGUUAAUAAAAUUACACUAUAGAUGUACAUUUUCCCUGUCGUUCGAAAGACCAACUAUAUUAAAAUUUACAGCGUAAGGCAGCGCCAGUAGGGUAACAAUUAAUUCAAACCUGGUAUUUGCAAUGGCCUAGUUUCAAUAACAAAUUCGGUAAGUUCGAUUUAUAACCCAUCAGCUGGCGUUUCUGCUUAGAGAAUUCCAUUAAAAUAUUGUUAACUCUGGUAUAGUUGGUUUUUCGUCUUAUUAUAAUGAGUAAAUCGCUUUUAUCAUCGAUUUUUGAAAUUUGGUGUGACUGAAGCUUUUCCUACUGUUAUGUCUAAUUUUAAACAGUGCUACGCUGUAUCAUUAAUUUACUUUGUACCCUGAGUUUUAAAUGAGACCUGUAUAAAUGAUUCAAUAAAGUGUAA